ACAGGAGCUUGGAAAGCAACCAGAUGGAAUUCUGCACUGCCUUCCCAACAGAUUCCUCACAUUUUAAAUUGUAUCGCCAAUAUUUUUAGCGCUCUGUUGUGUUCAGUGGCAGCCGUGGCGUGACUGGAGAGGCUCGGCCGCUGUGAAUCGGGACACAAGCGUUUGACUAGCGAACCUCUUCCCUGCUCAUUCCUCGAGCGAGUCCAUCAUGCCGCUGUUCGGGAAAUCUCACAAGAGUCCGGUGGACCUGGUCAAGACGCUGAAGGACAACCUGAACAUCCUGAUCAAGCAGAAGAAGACAGACAAGGCGUCGGAUGAAGUGUCCAAGUGUCUGGUGUCCAUGAAGGAGAUCCUGUAUGGCAUCAAUGACAAAGAGCCCCACACGGAGACGGUGGCCCAGCUGGCUCAGGAGCUCUACAACAGCGGGCUGCUCAUCAUGCUCGUGGAGAACCUGCACCUCAUCGACUUCGAGGCCAAGAAGGACGUGGGUCACAUCUUCAACAACAUCCUGAGGCGGCAGAUCGGGACCAGGUGCCCCACCGUGGAGUACCUGUGCUCCCACCAGGAGGUCAUCUUCACGCUGCUGAAAGGGUACGACACGCCUCAGGUGGCUCUGAACUGCGGCCUGAUGCUGAGGGAGUGUAUCCGCCACGAGCCGCUGGCCAAGAUGAUCCUGCAGUCGGAUCGCUUCUACAGCUUCUUCCAUUACGUGGAGAUGUCCACCUUCGACAUUGCCUCCGACGCCUUCGCCACCUUCAAGGACCUCCUGACGAGACACAAGGUCCUUGUGGCGGAUUUCCUGGAGAAAAACUACGACGAAGUGUUUGCUGAGUACGAGAAGCUGCUGCACUCGGAGAACUACGUCACCAGGAGACAGUCUCUCAAGCUGCUGGGCGAGCUUUUGCUGGACCGGAACAACUUCACUGUCAUGACGCGCUACAUCAGCAAACCUGAAAAUCUCAAGCUCAUGAUGAACCUGCUCAGAGACAAAAGUCCCAACAUCCAGUUUGAAGCCUUCCACGUCUUCAAGGUGUUUGUGGCCAACCCCAACAAGACGCAGCCCAUCAGCGACAUCCUGCUCAAGAACCAGACCAAACUCAUCGAGUUCCUCAGCAACUUCCAGAAGGACCGAACCGACGACGAGCAGUUCAACGACGAGAAGACCUAUCUAAUCAAACAGAUCCGGGAUCUGAAGAAACCCGCCUCCUAGAGUCGCCCGCCAAAAUUUCUAAUCCACAAAAAAAAGAAACAUUAACAAGGACAGUUCCACUAUUUAAGAUGUUUUUUUUUAUUCAUUUAAGAAGUUCACACACUGAUCCUUUUGGAAGUAUAUAUUUUUAUUUUUUUAUCAGUUGCACGCAAAUGAGGUUUGAAUUGAAAAAUGAAGUAGCUGCAAAGACGUGUGAUUCUCAGUCGCUGCUGAAUCUAAGAUCAGAGAAAGCUGCCUUUACACUUUUGGUCAUAUUAAAUUGAAAUUCAAAAAGUUUUGAAUACUUUCAGUCCUGAUGAAUGAAAUACAUGUCCGCUUUUUUUCUAAAGCUUUCAGGGUUGAGUAAAACUAAGCUGGUUGAUUAAAAAAAAACUUGUGGGUGAAUCAUUGAAGCAGCUGUUGAAGGCUAGCGCCUCCUGUUGGCUGAAGCACUUUGAGCGGUUGGCGUUCAACUCCUGUACAGCUGCUGUUUUGAUUUCUUUGACUUCUGAUGUGCGAACCUGCCAGGUGGAGAAGUGCCAUUUCCUGUGAUGUUUUUUUUCUUCUUUUUUUUUUUACUUAUCGUUUUAGGGUGAGCUUAAUUAUUCUGUUUUGAAAGUGAUUUUUGGACAGUGAUUGAGCGGUGAACCUUUGCCAUGUUUUGAGUUUGUACACAGCGCGUUUUCCAUUCAUCCAUGUUGGGAAUAAUACGCAGAUCUGAUCAUCCAACACGGUCGGGUCUCAUGAAAUUUGGCCCAAUGGUUUUUUUUUGAGAAAACAAGUGAAAAACGUUCAGAAGUCAGACAUGUGGUUUGAGAAAUCCUAACCUUUUGAGACUGCAUUUCUUGACUGUGGUGGAUAAACCGUUUCAAUUUGAUGACAGUUGUUAAACUCUAAAAAUGUGACUUUGUAGUAGUUCUACUUCAAAAAAUAAAAGUGGUCAAGUCUGGCAAAAAUA